AUGAGCACGCGCUUCGGUGAUCGAGAGCAUCAGCGUGAACUUUGUCCUGGCCAGCACCCAGGUCUUGUGAACGGCGUGCGGCAAAACGUCCUCGUUGAACGCCUUGUCCAGGAACCGCAGCAAGUUCGACACUGCCAGCCGGCUGGCGUCAGAGUACUCGACCCGCAGCCCCCAUACAAAAAUGUAGAAUAUCAACACGUACAGGGAGCCCAGGUUGUUGGCCUCUUUGCAGAGAAGCCCGAUAACCGCCAGGUCGACGUGCGCGGCAAACAGCAGCAGCGGAUACUCGAUAUACGUGACCAGCGGCGUGAUUGCGAGCGACAACGGGUGUUUGGGAAACGCCUCGAUGAUGCAGUAAUUGGUGAGGUUGAGCAGCGAGUACGCGGCAAAGGGGAAGAUCUUUAG